AGGGGAUAAGCGAGGAGAGGCGGGGGCUCCCAGGACGGGGAGGGUGCGAGGCACAGACUGCUAGGUCGAGGUGGUGCCUGCAUCUUCAAACCCAAACUUUGGAGUCCCCCCUCCCCUCCUCUCAGACACGGGCUGACUCAGAGUAAAAAAGCCUCUCAGAAGCUGGUGUGCAUGCGGACCACCGCAGAAGAUGCUCCGCUCUUCAUGAGACCACCUCGGACUGGACUGCAGCUGCUGGGCCGCUGCUGCUGCGCGACUAUCUCGGUCCUGCUUGUUCUUGUUUGAUUGGGACACCUGGGAGAAGUAAAUAGUGUACUGCGGGAGGCAAAUGAACGCACGAGACCGGAGGGGGGUUUCCCCAGGCUGCCCUAGGACCAAUGGAUACGCACACAAGUCCUAAGACCUGCUUCUCAUCAUAGCAACAAGGGGAUCAUCUUUCAAGGAUCUUUUCAAAAUCAACAUACUUUCGGGUGGAAGGAUGUGCUCGGCGGUCUUACUUCAUCAGUGGAGUUUGGCUGUCUUCUUGCUGUGUUCUCCGGUGACGGCUCACGGGAUGCCGCUGGAUGGAGCGAGUAGCAGAACGAGGAGGUCGGUGAGCCACGCCCAGCUGAUGCACGACAAGGGUCGCAGCAUGCAGGAGUUCAAGCGCCGCCUGUGGCUGCAGGAGCUGCUGGACGAGGUGCACACGGCCCACGAGCAGGCGCCGCUCGUGCAGAACCGGACCCCCGACUUCAGCGGGAACGACCUCCACCCCCAGAAGACCCCGGAGGCCACCAAGAACCUCCCCCACAGGUUGAGGCCCGAGCAGGAGGGCCCCAACCUGCCGCAGGAGACCAACAAGGCGCUGGCUUACAAGGACCAGCCGCUGAAGGUGGCCACCAAGAGGAAAAAAAAGGCCAGGCUGGGCCGGCGCCGGGAGGGCGACAAGAAGCGCAGGCGCGCCCGCUCUGCCGGGACCGGGGCCGGGGCCUGAGACGGGCGGAGCUCCAGAAGACACUGACACCAACCGGGGCUCCUUUUGCGGCCUUUUGCUUGUAUGAUAGAUUUUUUUGGGGCCUUUGUAUUUUUUAAUGGCACCGCUCAGUUCCAACAUCUCCAUAUUUAUUUGGACAACCUUCACAAGCAUCACCUGGAACAUCCGCCAUAAUUUAUUUCCUUUUUGAAAGUCUCUAUUUAUUUGGUGAAUGUAUUGUGGUGCUGCUGACUGAAUCCAUAAUGCACUUUAGUUCUGUCACGUACAUGGAUGUUCUUUUGUGGUCCCGCUUUCCUUGCCCACCUAACAUCUCUCCCGGGUGUAAUUUAUUGUCCGACCCACUCUCAUCACGUAUAUAGUUUAUAUUUUUAUAGAAGGAGUUGGGGGCUGUCAGUCAUUUAAUGUUCUUGACUUGCACUGAGAGCUUAUAAAUGUACGUUACUAUUAUUCAGCAAGCAUUAAAAAUGUAGUUCUAAGGACUGAUUGCUGCUGCUUUGCUUUCUCAAGCCCCUGCUAUCAUUUAUUUGGAUGCUAUUAUUAUUAUAUUCUUGCAUUUCCUGGACAAUUUAACAUCAAUUUGGCCGGGGUUUUUUUUACAACUGAAAUAUAUUUCAAGCAAAUUUAUUGACAGCUCAAACAUCUUUGGUCAACUGAACAAUUCUGAGAGCAAGUGUGGAUGUAUUUUCUUUCUAAAAAUCUGUUCAGAAAAAUUUGCCAUAAUUUGAUCUAUUUUUAGUUACCGUAGUAAAAUUUGGCACAAAUAAAUGUGCUGCGAUUGGAACAAAAUACAGUAGAAUAUUUGUAAUUAAAAAUAAAAAUAAAUAAGAUUUGUGAUUUA